GCCGGGCGGCCCCGCCCCCCCCGUCUCCCAUCAGCCCCCGCGCCGUCCGCUCGCACUUCCUCUUCCCGCACCGCCAUUGCGCCGAGGCCGCCCGCGCCGCACUAUGUCGUCCCACAAGACCUUCAAGAUCAAGCGGUUCCUGGCCAAGAAGCAGAAGCAGAACCGGCCCAUCCCGCAGUGGAUCCGCAUGAAGACGGGCAACAAAAUCAGGUACAACUCCAAAAGGAGACACUGGAGAAGGACCAAGCUGGGCUUGUGAAAAGAAGAGACACUCUAAUGAGAACUCUAAUGGCACAGUACCCUGUUAAUGACCACAACUUGCUAGAAAAAAAACACUGCUGACCUACUUUGAAGACCAUGAACCUUGUCAACUUUUUAAAAAACAAAAUAGUCCCAAAACAGGAUGGUCAGAGGCAUUCUGGAACCGUUACAGCAGAAAAGUGAUGCCCUGGUAUUCUAUUAGUGUUCUUUUGUGCAACGCUCAUAUAUGUAUUGACUGAAUUUGUAUCGCCUCUUUACAGGUUUGUUAAUAAAUAUGAGCUUUAAUGGU